UUACAAUAAUACCCCUAACAUUAUAGACUUUUGAAGCAUAACUUAACAUUAGAAAAAAAAAACAAGUAACCCUAGCAAGUGAUAUAUGCUAAUGUAAGCUUCCACAACACUACCAACUUCAUUUUCUACAUCAUUUUCUUUCCCUUUUCCUCCCAAAGCUCAAACCCUUGCAUUAUUAUCACAUGGCAACUUCACUUCCAUUACUCCCUCUCUUACUCCUCCUCUCCCUCGCCACCGCCUCCGACUCCUCCACCCUCAACUCCUUCGUCUACGGCGGCUGCUCCCAACUCAAGUACUCCUCCUCCGACGUCGCCUACACCUCAAACCUCAACUCCCUCCUCACCUCCCUAGUCAACUCAGCCACCUACAUGGCCUACAACCACUUCGCCAUCGCCGGUACCUCCACGCACGAGGUCGUCUACGGCCUCUACCAAUGCCGUGGCGACCUCUCCAUGCCGGACUGCGCCACGUGCGUAGCCAACUCGGUUAGCCGUCUAGGAGCCUUAUGCCCCGGGUCAUGCGGCGGGGCCAUCCAACUCCAAGGGUGCUACGUUAAGUACGACAACGACACCUUCAUCGGGGCCGAGGAUAAGACCGUGGUGAUGAAAAAGUGUGGACAACCUACGGGGAACCAAGAUAAGAUUGCGAACCGUGACGCGGUGUUGGAAGGGGUGGUGGGGAACGGAGGAGGGUUUUAUCGAGCCGGCGGGUCGAAGGAUGUGGCAAUGAUUGCGCAGUGUGUAGGGGAUUUGAGUGAAGGACAAUGUCAAGAUUGCUUGAAAGAGAGUGUUGAUCAAGUAAAGACGGAAUGUGCUACGAGUGGUAAUGGUGAUAUGUAUUUGGAAAAAUGUUACGUUAGGUAUACUAUUGGAGGUGGUCGUGGAUAUUUCAAUAAUAAUGGUAUUGGAGGAACCGAUGACAAAAAUAGGGGAGUGAAAAAUUUUGCACUGGUAAUUGGACUACUAGCUGCAAUUGUGAUUGUCAUCAUAUUUCUCACUUUCAUUUGCCGAGUUUUCGCUGGAAGUAGUAAAUAAAUGGUUAAAUUAUCAUCGACUUUACAUCCAAAAAGAAAAUGGCUACUUUUACAUACACCAACCCUUCUCAUCUUUUUUUUUUUCUCUACAUAAUGUCUACUUUCCAUCCAUUCUUGCUUCUCUUUAAAUAUGACAUUAUUAUUACUCUACUAAUGUUAAUGUUGCUUUUUACUCUAUAUAUAAAUAUUUUUAUAGAUAAUAUUGUAUUCUUUCAUCAAGCAAAGCUUUUAUAAAGGAAGAAAUUAAAGCAAAAAAAGAGGAUGGAUCUGUGUACAUGACUCUGCAUAUUCAUGCAAAAAAAAAAGGCAAGAGGAAUCCACAAACUUAACACACUUUUGUCAAAGUUUUAAUUUUUUGUAGUAUUAAAGUUGCAUUGUCUGAUGUUAAGAUAUGCCACAUGCAUUUCCUUAAAGUUGCAUGGAAGUUAUGUUGUUAUCUUUAUGCAUUGGAUUCCGAGAAAUUUUACUACAUCGUUCGUUCUUUAAACUAUUUAUGUGUGAUAUU